UCUGAAUAAAAACACCGGGCGGUUCCGCUCAUGGACCAGAACCAGAACUGGUUCUUGUGUUUAUAUAGAACUGAUCCUGGACCGGGACUCGGAACCAGCGCUAGGAUUACAGGACGAGACGGUAAUGAAACCGAGACGGACUGAUGGACCCCCGGUAAGAUGUCCCUGACGGUCCCCCCGGUGAAGCUCAAGUGGCUGGAGCACCUGAACAGCUCGUGGAUCUCGGAGGACAGCGAGUCCAUCUCCACGCGGGACGGGGUGUGGGUGCUCUACCAGCGGUUGCUAGGCAACAAGGAGGCGUCCCUGCUGCCGCAGCAGGCGCUGGUGCUGAAGGGGCCGCAGCUGCCGGACUUUGAGCGGGAGUGCCCGUCCAGCGAUGAGCAGGAGCACUACCUGGACGCGCUGCUGGGCUCCCAGCUGGCGCUGGCCCAGACGGUGGUCAGCGACUCGCCCUUCGCCGCCGCGCUGCGCCAGCGCGUGCUGGUGCUGCAGCGCGUCUUCUACGCGCUGUCCAACAAAUACCACGACAAGGGCCGCGUCAAGCCGCCGCCGCACUCGCCCGAGAGCAGCGCCGGCGGCGCCGCCGACCCGCACGCCGGCGUCAGCGAGCGGCCGCGCUCCAGCACCGACGCGCUGAUCGAGAUGGGCGUGAGGACCGGACUCAGCCUGCUGUUCGCUCUGCUGAGGCAGAGCUGGAUGCUGCCGGCCCCGCCGGGCCCCGGGACCAGUAGAGGCCCCGGCAGCACCGGCCCCGGCAGCACCGGCCCCGGCGGCCCCAGCGGCACCCCCGGCCCCGGCACCAACAUCAACCUCUGCAACGACGUGAUCCACACGGCCAUCGACGUGGUGGGCUCGCUGCCGCCGCUGUCGCUAGCCAACGAGAGCAAGAUCCCGGCCAUGGGCCUGGACUGCCUGGCCCAGGUGACGGGCUUCCUGAAGGGCGUGACCAUGCCCAGCUCCGGGGCCGACACCCUGGGCCGCCGCCUGGCCUCCGAGCUGCUGCUGGGGCUGGCGGCGCAGCGCGGGUCCCUGCGCUACCUGCUGGAGUGGAUCGAGAUGGCGCUGGCCGCCUCCGCCGUGGUCAGCGCCAUGGAGCCCAGUCCGGAGGGGAAGAUGGGCCACGACUGCUUCAUGAACAUCCUGCUGCAGAUGAGGCGCUCGCUGGGCUCCUCGGCCGACCGCAGCCAGUGGCGGGAACCGACGCGCAGCCCUGACGGCCUGUGCUCGCUGUACGAGGCGGCGCUGUGUCUGUUCGAGGAGGUGUGCCGCAUGGCGUCGGACUACUCCCGCACCUGCGUGAGCCCGGACAGCGUGCAGACGGGCGAGGUGCCGGCGGCGUCGGAGAGCUGUGAGGUUUACGUGUGGGGGAGCAACAGCAGCCACCAGCUGGUGGAGGGGACGCAGGAGAAGAUCCUGCAGCCCAAGCUGGCCGCCAGCUUCACCGACGCCCAGACGAUUGAAGCGGGGCAGUACUGCACCUUCGUCAUGUCCUCGGACGGAUCGGUGCGCGCCUGCGGGAAGGGCAGCUACGGCCGGCUGGGCCUGGGCGACUCCAACAACCAGUCCAGUCUGAAGAAGCUGACGCUGGAGCCGAGCAGAGCCGUGAAGAAAGUGUCGUCGUCUAAAGGCUCGGACGGACACACGCUGGCCGUCACGCCCGAGGGAGAGGUGUUCUCCUGGGGGGACGGGGACUACGGCAAGCUGGGCCACGGCAACAGUUCCACCCAGAAGUACCCCAAGCUGGUGCAGGGCCCGCUCACGGGCAAGGUGGUGGUCUGCGUCUCCGCCGGAUACCGACACAGCGCCGCCGUUAGCGAGGACGGAGAGCUCUACACGUGGGGAGAGGGAGACUUCGGGAGAUUAGGUCACGGCGACAGCAACAGCCGCAACAUUCCGUCGCUGGUGAAAGACAUCAGCAACGUGGGAGAGGUUUCCUGUGGGAGUUCCCACACCAUCGCCCUGUCCAAGGACGGACGCACCGUCUGGUCCUUCGGGGGCGGAGACAACGGGAAACUGGGCCACGGCGACACCAACCGCGUCUACAAGCCCAAGGUGGUGGAGGCGCUGCAGGGCAUGUUCAUCAGGAAGGUUUGUGCCGGGAGCCAGUCGUCCCUGGCCCUGACCUCCACGGGACAGGUGUACUCCUGGGGCUGCGGGGCCUGCCUGGGCUGUGGAUCGUCUGAGGCGACGGCGCUGAGACCCAAACUGAUGGAGGAGCUGGCGACGACCCGGGUGGUGGACGUGUCCAUCGGGGACAGUCACUGCCUGGCCCUGUCCCACGAUAACGAGGUCUUCUCCUGGGGAAACAACUCCAUGGGACAGUGUGGACAGGGAAACUCCACCGGUCCAAUCACCAAGCCCAAGAAGGUGGUGGGACUGGACGGGGUCUCCGUCCAGCAGGUCUCCGCGGGGACGUCCCACAGCCUGGCCUGGACGGCCCUGCCCAGAGACAGGCAGGUGGUGGCGUGGCACCGGCCGUACUGCGUGGACCUGGAGGAAAGCACCUUCUCUCACCUGCGCUGCUUCCUGGAGCGAUACUGCGACGGCAUCAACAGCGACGUGCCGCCGCUGCCGUUCCCCUCGUCCAGGGAGCAUCAUAACUUCCUGAAACUCUGCCUGCGGCUCUUGUCCAAUCACCUGGCUCUGGCGCUGGCGGGGGGCGUGGCCACCAGCAUCCUGGGCCGGCAGGCCCGCCCCCUCAGGAACCUGCUGUUCCGGCUCAUGGACUCGUCGGUGCCGGACCAGAUCCAGGAGGCCGUGAUGGAGACUCUCUCCGUCGGGGCCUCCAUGCUGCUGCCGCCGCUCCGGGAGAGGAUGGAGCUGCUGCACUCGCUGCUGCCGCAGGGCCCGGACCGGUGGGAGAGCCUGUCCCGGGGACAGAGGAUGCAGCUGGACAUCAUCCUCACCAGUCUGCAGGACCACACCCACGUGGCCUCCCUGCUGGGCUACAGCUGCCCCCCCGACGGCCCCGAGGCCCCGGCCCUGCUGGACCCGCCCCCAGGGGGGGGGCACCCCGAGGGAGGGGGGCACCCCGACACCCACCUGGCUGAGAUCCUCAUGAAGACGCUGCUCCGGAACCUGGGCUUCUACACCGACCAGGCGUUCGGGGAGCUGGAGAAGAACAGUGAUAAGCUCCUGCAGGACUCGUCGUCCUCCGACAGCAGCCAGCCGGCUCACCUGCACCAGCUGCUCUGCUCGCUGCAGAAGCAGCUGCUGGCCUACUGCCACAUCAACGCUGCUGCAGAGAACUCCAGCAGCGUGGCGUUGCUGCACAAACACCUGCAGCUUCUUCUUCCUCACGCCACCGACAUCUUCUCCCGCUCAGCGGCGCUGAUCCAGGAGAGUUCCUGGAACGGAAGCAUCAGGGAGAAACUGCAAGACGUGAUCUUCCUCUCUGCCGCCGGCUCCAUGCUGUGCCAGAUCUGCACGGCUCUGCUGCUGCUGCCGGUGUCGGUGGCCCGGCCCCUGCUGGUCCAGCUGCUGGACCUGCUGCCCCCCCUGGACCGUCUGAACCGGCUGCUGCCGGCCGCCGGGCCGCUGGAGGACCAGGAGCUGCGGUGGCCUCUGCACGGGAUGUCCGACUUCAUGGAGCCGCCGUCGGGGCCAGGGACAGGGCCGUCCCCGUCCCUGCCCGCCCCCGCGCUGCCCUGGGUGUGGCUGGUGGACCUGGAGAGGACGGUGGCGCUGCUGGUGGGACGGUGUCUGGGGGGGAUGCUGCAGGGAGACCCCACGUCCCCCGAGGAGACAGACACCGAGUACUGGCUGAAGACGCCGCUGUUCAGCAACGGCCUGGAGACGGACGUCCCGCAGCUCGACUCCUGCGUCAGCGUCCUGCUGGAGACGGCUCUGUCGGGGAACGAGGAGCAGAAACCGCUGGACUGUCCUCUACGUCCUCUACGUCCUCUACGUCCGGACCUGGUUGUCCUGGUGGACCUGUCUCUGGGUUCCACCAAGGAACCGUCCAGCAGCCUGUGGGUCAACAUGCAGGACUACGCCGUGAGCAAAGACUGGGACAACGCGUCCCUCAGCAACGAGGCCCUGCUGGACACGGUGUCCCGGUUCGUCCUGGCCGCCCUGCUGAAGCACACGGGGCUGCUGGGGGAGGCCGGCGGGGAGGGGAGCAGGUACCAGCCCUCCAAGGCCCUGGCCGAGGUUUAUCGCAGCGUCUAUAAAGUCCGGAACCGUCUGCUGGCCUGUAAGAACAUGGACUUCAUCCAGACCAGGUCGUCCUCGCGGGAGAGACGGAUCUCAGACAACCAGGACUCCCUGGACCUGGACCCCCAGGAAACCUCGUUCACCCGCACCAUCGACGAGGAGGCGGAGCUGGAGGAGCGAGCCGACCGCGAGAGAGAGGACGGUCACCAGGACCACGAGGACGAGGAGGAGGACCGGGAGCACGAGGUCAUGACGGCAGGAAAAAUCUUUCAAUGUUUCCUGUCAGCGCGGGAAGUGGCCCGUAGCCGGGACCGUGAGCGGGCCAGCAGCACGGGCCUGGGUUCAGGUCUGGGUCCAGGUCUGGGUCCUGGUCUGGGUCCAGGUCUGGGUCCUGGUCUGGGUUCUGGACCCUCCUCCCGGGUGGAGGAGGACUCCCCGCCCCCCCAGGAGGCCCGGCGGGGCAGCUCGUCCCUCCCCGAGGGCCAGGACCUCUACACGGCCGCCUGUAACUCAGUGAUCCACCGCUGCGCCCUGCUGGUUCUGGGGGUCAGCCCGGUUCUGGGGGAGCCCACCAAGCAGAACCAGAACCAGGACGAGGGUCUGGUCCAGACCACGGCAGGAACGCAGGACAGUCUGAGCUUCAUGACCAGGAGUGAGAGUCUGAGCACCGAGAGCCGCUCCGUCCAGAGUUUCCGGCUGAUGAUGAAAUCCAGGAGCGAGUCGGACCUGUCGCAGCCGGAGUCGGACGAGGAGGGAUGUAGUCUGAGCGCUAGGAGGAACGUGGACCUGGACCUGGCCUUCUCUCAGAAGAAGAGAGGUCUCCUCCACGGCUCCCCCGACUCCCUGGCCGAGUCCUGGUUCCGGGCCAAGCUGAGCCGCCAGCAGAGCUACGGCUCGGCCCAGUCCUACGAGGAGUCGGACCUGGACCUGAGCCGGGACCGGGACCAGAACCCGUCCCUGGGGGUCCACGCCCUCAUCGACAACACGGUCAGCUUCGUCAGCGGAGACGUGGGCCUGACGCCGGGCCUGACAUCGGGCCUGACGCCGGGCCUGACGCCGGCCUUCAGGGAGCCCGAGGAGAACAUGUCCACCAGCCCGCAGGCCACGGUGCUGGCCCUGGAGCAGCAGCAGAACCGGGCCGAGCUGCGGUUGGAGGCGCUGCACCAGGUGGUGGUUCUGAUCUCAGGGAUGGAGGAGAAGGGCGGCCAGAACCUGGACCGGACCGGCAGCCAGAACCCGGACCGGACCGGCUGCAGCUUCCAGUCCUCGUCUCUUCUCACCUCCGUCCGGCUGCAGUUCCUGGCCGGCUGCUUCGGCCUCGGCACCGUAGGAGCCGGGUGUCUGAAGAGGGAGAGUGUGCAGCUGCACCACUACCAGGACGGGAUCCGGGCGGCUAAGAGGAGUCUGCAGAUGGAGAUCCAGACGGCGGUUCAUAAGAUCUACCAGCAGCUGUCGGUGACGCUGGAGCGAGCGCUGCAGGCUAACAAGCACCACAUAGAAGCGCAGCAGCGCCUCCUGCUGGUGACGGUGUUUGCGCUGAGCGUGCGGUACCAGCCCGUGGACGUGUCCCUGGCCGUGUCGUCGGGUCUGCUCAGCGUCCUGUCCCGGCUCUGCGGUACCGAGACCAUGCUGGGCCGACCGCUGCAGCUGCUGCAGAAACCCGGGCUUUCCCAGCUCAGCACCGCCCUGAAGGUGGCGGCGACCCGGCUGCUGCAGAUCCUGGCCGUCAGUACCGGGACGUAUGCCGACCAGCUGAGCUCCAAGGUGGUGACGUCGCUGCUGGACCUGCUGUGCAGCCAGCUGAAGAACCUGCUGAGUCACGCCGGGCCGGCUCCGGCCGGGAAGGACGAGGACGAGGAGUCGGAGAAGAAGGACCUGAGAGGUCUGGUGCGGAGGCAGCACUCGGCCGAGCUUCACCUCGGGGAUUUCCUGGUUUUCCUCCGGAGAGUCGUUUCCUCCAAGUCCAUCCAGGCCCGGAUGGCGUCGCCCAAGUGGACGGAAGUUCUGCUGAACAUCGCCGCCCAGAAGUGCUGCUCAGGCGUCCCGCUGGUGGGGAACCUGAGGACGCGCCUGCUGGCGCUGCACGUGCUGGAGGCCGUGCUGCCGGCCGGCGAGGCUAGCAUGGAGGACGAGCAGGUGGCGCAGGUGGUGGAGCGGCUCUUCGCGCUGCUGUCCGACUGCAUGUGGGAGGCUCCUGGGGCUCCGGAUAAGCUCAGCGUCCAGAUGAAGGUGCAGGGUGAGGCGGAGGACGAGGACCAGAACCUGCCGGUCCAGGAGGUUUCCUUCGACCCGGAGAAGGCCCAGUGCUGCGUGGUGGAGAACGGCCAGGGCCUGACGCACGGCAGCGGGGGGAAGGGCUACGGCCUGGCCUGCACCGGCAUCUCCUCCGGGUGCUACCAGUGGAAGUUCUACAUGGUGAAGGAGAACCGGGGCAACGAGGGCACCUGCGUGGGCGUGUCCCGCUGGCCGGUGCACGACUUCAACCACCGCACCACGUCCGACAUGUGGCUGUACCGGGCCUACAGCGGGAACCUGUACCACAACGGGGAGCAGACGCUAACGCUAGCCUCCUUCACCCAGGGGGACUCCGUCACCGUGGUGCUGGACAUGGAGGCCCGGACCGUGUCCUUCGGGAAGAACGGAGAGGAGCCCAAGCUGGCGUUUGAGGACGUGGACGCUGCAGAGCUGUUUCCCUGCGUGAUGUUCUACAGCAGCAACCCUGGAGAGAAGGUGAAGAUCUGCGACAUGCAGAUGCGGGGAACUCCGCGGGACCUGCUCCCCGGGGAUCCCGUCUGCAGCCCGGCGGCCACGGUUCUGGCCGAGGCCACGACGCAGCUGAUCCGGAUCCUGCACCGGUCCGACCUGUGGACGCACCGGAUCAACAAGACCAUGAUCGAGCGGCUGCACAAGAUCAAGCCCUGCUUCCGGGAGUCGGGCCCCGGGGGGGCCGGCGGCCCCGGCGGAGGCCCCGCCGGCCCCGGCCCCCCCACCGGCCCACACAGGCUGAAGAAGAGCCGCUCCGUGCAGAGCCGCGAGGAGCAGGACGCCCAGGGCCAGGAGGAGGACCGGGCUCGGCCCGGGCGACACCAGCACCCGCUGGGAGAGCUGUCGGACUCCAGCCUGAAGACGCUCUGCACCGACGUGUGGCCCGUCCUGGCCGUGAUCGGGGGCACCGACGCCGGGCUCCGGGUCGGGGGACGCUGCGUCCACAAGCAGACGGGCAGGAACGCCACGCUGCUGGGCGUGGUGAAGGAGGGCAGCAGCUCGGCCAAGGUGCAGUGGGACGAGGCCGAGAUCACAGUCAGCUUCCCAACUUUCUGGUCGCCUAGUGACACUCCGCUGCAUAACCUGGAGCCGCUGGAGCCGCUGGGCUUCGACGUGGGCCGGCUCCGGGGCCUGAGCGCCGCGCUGCUGCUGGACCUCACGUACCUGACCAGCCUGCACGACGAGGCCAAGCUCGGGGCCCGCCGGCACGAGAGGAGGCCCCGCAACGCGGCCUCCACAGGCCACGAGCCCGGGCCCGAGGACCGGGACGCCCGGGACCACCGGGACCACCGCGACCCCGCCGGGGCCUCGGACCUGCGGGUGUCCCACAGCCUGGACGAGGUGAAGGCGCUGGCCGCGCCCAGCUCCCGGUCCGAGAGCCAGAUCUGCUCGGUGGCCGGCGGGGGGAACGAAGGCCUGGAGGGCGGCAGGAAGAAGGGCCACGACCACGGCAGGGGCCACGAGGCCCCGCCCCUCAGGGAGGCCCCGCCCCCCAGGGGCCACGAGUCCAUCACCCCCCAGGCCGAGGUCCAGGCCGUGCAGCUGUCCUACCUCUACCUGGGGGCCAUGAAGGCCCUCAGCGCCCUGCUGAGCUGCAGCAAGUACGCCGAGCUGCUGCUCAUCCCCAAGGUUUCGGCGGAGGCCGGCGGCGCCAGCGGCCACAACGCCGACCUGAACGCCGGCGGCGGCAGCGCCGCGUCGCCCGUGUGCCAGGAGGAGGCGGAGAUGCGCGCGGCGCUGCAGUUCCUGAUGCGUCACAUGGUGAAGCGGGCCGUGAUGAGGUCCCCCAUCAAACGGGCCCUGGGCCUGGCCGACCUGGAGCGGGCCCAGGCCAUGAUCUACAAGCUGGUGGUGACCGGAUUACAGGACGAGCCGGCCGGCGGGAAACACAGACCCGGUCUGAGGGCCGAGGCCCCGGACCCCGACCCCGAGGCCCCGGAGGGAGAACCUCUGGCCCAGACGCCCGUCACCACCAGCCCGUCGGCGUCCAGCACCACGUCCUUCAUGAGCUCCUCCCUGGAGGACACGACCACGGCCACCACGCCCGUCACCGACACCGACACCGUCCCGGCCUCCGAGUCCCCGGGGGUGAUGCCGCUGAGCCUGCUGAGGCAGAUGUUCUCCAGCUACCCGACCACCACGCUGGCUCCGACCCGCCGGGCCCAGACGCCCCCGGUGGCGUCUCUGCCCACGUCUCCGUUGGACGAGGUCGGCCGGCGCCAGAGCCUGACGUCGCCCGACUCUCAGCCCAGCCGGACGCAGAACCGGACCGGAACCUCUCUGUCCGACCCCAGCUCCAGACUGUCCACGUCUCCUCCUCCUCCAGCCAUCGCCGUCCCGCUGCUGGAGAUGGGAUUCUCCCUGCGCCAGAUCAGCAAAGCUGUGGAGGCCACGGGAGCGCGGGGCGAGGCCGACGCCCAGAACAUCACGGUUCUGGCCAUGUGGAUGAUCGAGCACCCGGAGGACGACCACGACGAGCCCAGGGGGGGCGUCGCCCGCGGCCACGACCACGACGAGCCCAGGGGGGGCAUCACCCGCGGCAACGACCACGACGAGCCCAGGGGGGGCGUCACCCGCGGCAACGGCUCCGACUCCUGCCCCGGGGCAACGUCCUCCUCCGGGGGCAAAUCUGGGGACCGGAGCUCGUACCUGAGCUCACCUGGAGACACCGACGCUGCAGACAUGGAGGAGGGAUUCAGUGAGAGCGCUGACGGGCUGGACCAGGACGGGGCGUCGGCCUCCAGCGGCUCCGCACUCCGAGGUCGGCCGUCGGCCGGCAGGAAGCACCGCUUCGACCUGGCGGCCCGGACGCUGCUGGCCCGCGCCGCCGGGCUGUACCGCUCGGUCCAGGCCCAGCACAGCCAGUCCCGGCGCGAGGCGUCGGCCCUGCAGCAGCAGGACCCCGCGGCGCUGUACGACUUCCACCUGGACGAGGAGCUGGAGAUGGACCUGGACGACGAGGCCAUGGAGGCCAUGUUUGGACCGGACCUGGCCACCGACACCGACAUUCUGGGAAUGUGGAUCCCGGAGGUACUGGACUGGCCAACAUGGCACGUGUGCGAGGCGGACGACCGCGACGAGGCCGUGGUGUGUGAGCUGUGCGAGGCUAACGUGGCUAACUUCAACCAGCACAUGAAGAAGAGCCACCCGGGCUGCGGGCGCAGCGCCAACCGGCAGGGUUACCGUAGCAACGGCAGCUACGUGGACGGCUGGUUCGGGGGCGAGUGCGGCUCCGGGAACCCGUACUACCUGCUGUGUGGAGCCUGCAGGGACAAGUUCCUGGACCUGAAGACCCGGACCAGGACCCCGGUGGUGGAGAGGUACAAAGGUCAGGCUCCAGAUCUCCUGGGGAAGCAGGACAGCGUUUAUGAAGAGGACUGGGACAUGCUGGACGUGGACGAGGACGAGCACCUGACCGGGGAGGAGGAGUUCGAGCUCCUCUCCGGCCCGCUGGGCCUCAGCGAGCGGCGGGCGGUUCCGGAGCCGGUCCAGUUCCCCGACAGCGACCCGUUAGGAGCCUCCGUCGCCAUGGUGACGGCCACCAACAGCAUGGAGGAGACGCUGCUGCAGAUCGGUUGCCAGACGUCGGUGGAUAAGAGCUCGUCCGGCCGGGUGACGCUGGGCGAGCAGGCGGCGGCGCUGCACAACCCGACCGACCGCGUCACGGCGCUGCGGCGGGUGACGGCUGCCGCGCAGGUGCUGCUAGCCCGGACCAUGGUGAUGAGGGCGCUGUCGCUGCUGUCCGUCAGUGGCUCCAGCUGCAGCCUGGCCGCGGGCCUGGACUCCCUGGGCUUGACCGACAUCAGGACUCUGGUCCGGCUCAUGUGCCUGGCGGCGGCGGGCCGGGCCGGCCUCUCCACCACGGCACCGGGUUCGGGCCCCGACCGGCCCCGCGGGGCCACCAAGGCCAGCAAGCCCAUCUCCUGCCUGGCCUACCUGAGCACGGCCGUGGGCUGCCUGGCGUCCAACAGCAGCACGGCCGGGAGGCUGCUGGUGCAGCUCUGCACGCAGAACCUGAUCUCUGCCGCCACCGGCAUGAACCUGACCACGGUGGACGACCCCAUCCAGAGGAAGUUCCUGCCCAGCUUCCUGCGCGGCGUCGCCGAGGAGAACAAGCUCAUCACGUCGCCCAACUUCGUGGUGACGCAGGCGCUGGUGGCGCUGCUGGCCGACAAGGGAGCCCGGCUGAGACCGGCGCACGACAAGGCCGACCCGGAGAAACGAGCAGGUUUAACCGCCCUCCUCUCCCCCCAUCCUCCCCUUCACCACCCCUCCGUAGGCCCCCUGGAGCUGGCCAACGCCCUGGCGGCCUGCUGCCUGUCGGCGCGCCUGUCCUCGCAGCACCGCCAGUGGGCGGCGCAGCAGCUGCUGCGGACGCUGGCGGCCCACGACCGCGACAACCAGAGCCGGCCGCCGCAGACCUUCGCCGACAUGGCGGGGGACCUGCGGAAGUGCUCCUUCAUGAAGCUGGAGGCGCACCAGAGCCGGGUGACCACGUGCAGCUGGUGCAGCAACCAGGGCCUGCUCGCCACCAGCGGCAGCGACGGAACCGUCCGGAUCUGGAACGUCACCCAGAGCCAGUACAGCCUGCAGCAGACCUGCGUCUUCAACAAGGACGACGGGUCCUCGGAGGAGGGUUCCGGUCUGGGUUCUCCCAGCGACCCCUCCAUGUCUCCUCUGGCCUGGAGCGUAACGGGGAGGUUCCUGGCCUCGGCCGUGGAGAAGAUGGUCAACAUCUGGCAGGUCAACGGCGGCCGGGGUCUGCUGGACGUCCAGCCCCACUGGGUGUCGGCGCUGGCCUGGCCCGAGCAGGAGGCGCCGUGGAGCGGGGAGACCCGGGAGCCCCGGGACCUGCUGCUGGUGGGCCGCAUGGACGGGUCUCUGGGCCUCAUCCAGGUCCUGGACGCCUCCAGCAUGAGCCGCAGCGAGCUGGAGCACUGCUACCGGAAAGACGUGGCCGUCAAACACAUCGCCUGGUUCAGCGAGGACCGGCCCUUCGCCGUGGGCUACGCCGACGGGAAGCUGCUGAUCGGCUCCAAAGAGCCUCUGGAGAAAGGAGCCGUCGUCGUCAUCGACGCCCACAAGGAGUCGGUGAGCAGCAUGACGUGGAGCCCGACCGGCCAGCUGCUGCUGACGUGUGGCAAGGAGGAGACGGUGAAGCUGUGGGCCUGUCCGGGACCGGGUCUGGGUCCCGGUCCGGGUCCGGGGCCCGGGUCCGGCUGGCGCUGCCUGCAGAGCCUCCGACACCCGUCCGUGGUCAACGGCGCCGCCUGGUGCGGCCUGGCGGGAAGUGGCCCGGCGGCGCUCAGCAUGUUCGCCGUGUGCUGCCAGAGCGGCCUGGUCUCCAUCUGGACCGUCCCUCAGGACGUCUCCGGCUUCCCAGAAUCCUCCUCUUCUGACUCGGACCGGUGGUGGGACCAGGAGGCCAAGUCCAGACCAGCGGCCCGGCGGUCCGGAGGAGCGUCCUGCGUGUUCCAGCUGAGAGGACACAUCACUCCGGUCCGGACUCUUUCCUUCAGUCCUGACGGUCUGGCCCUGGCGUCGGGGGGGGUGGGGGGCCUGAUGAACAUCUGGUCUUUACAGGACGGCUCGGUGCUGCAGAGCGUGGUCGCCGGCUCGGGGGCCGUUCAGAACAGCGUGUGGAUUCCUGACGUGGGCGUGGCCGUCUGCUCCAACAGGUCAAAGGACGUGCUGGUGGUGAACGUCUCCAGGGACUUCCUAGCGCAGCACCACGUGUUAGCGACCUGCCGCUCGGCGCUGAAGAGGCAGGGUGUCGUCGGACUCAACCUGGCGCCGUGUAUGAGAGCCUUCCUGGAGAGACUCCCCGCCAUGCUGCAGGAGCAGUACAACUACGAGAAGCCUCACGUGGUCUGCGGGGACCAGCUGGUCCACAGUCCCUACAUGCAGUGCCUGGCCUCCCUGGCGGUGGGGCUGCACCUGGACCAGCUGCUGUGCCGGCCCCCCCUGCCCCCCCACCUGAGGCCCUGCGGCCCCGGCUCAGGCCCCGCCCCCUUGACCCCCGGGCCCGCCUCCGGCCACGCCCCCGGGACCCCCGCCGAGUGGGCGUGGCUCGACUGCUUCUCCACCACGGUGAAGGCGGCCGAGGCGCUGGCCCGCGGCACCGCAUUCCCAGAAUCCUUCAGUGUCCCGGACCUGGAGCCGGUGCCCAAGGAAGAGCUGGCGCUGCUGAUGGACAACAGCAAGUGGGCCGCUGGGCUGGACGAGCAGAUCAUGUCCUGGGCCACGUCCAGACCCGAGGACUGGCACCUGGGCGGCAGGUGCGAGGUUUUCCUUUGGGGCGCCGGCCGCCACGGCCAGCUGGCCGAGGCCGGCAGGAACAUCCUGGUCCCGACGACGGCGCCGUCCUUCUCCCAGGCCCAGCAGGUGGUCUGCGGGCAGAACUGCACCUUCGCCAUCCAGCCCAACGGGACGGUCCUGGCCUGCGGGGAGGGAAGCUACGGCCGGCUAGGCCAGGGAAACUCCGACGACCUGCACGUGCUCACCGUCAUCUCAGCGCUGCAAGGGUUCGUGGUGGUGCAGCUCGUCUCCUCCGUCGGUAGCGACGGCCACUCCAUGGCUCUGACCGAGAGCGGCGAGGUUUUCAGUUGGGGCGACGGCGACUACGGGAAACUCGGACACGGAAACAGCGACCGGCAGCGGCGGCCGCGGCAGAUCGAGGCGCUGCAGGGGGAGGAGGUGGUGCAGAUGUCCUGCGGGUUCAAGCACUCUGCGGUGGUGACGGCCGACGGGAAACUGUUCACCUUCGGGAACGGAGACUACGGAAGACUCGGGCUGGGAAACACCUCCAACAAGAAGCUGCCGGAGAGGGUGGGGGCCCUGGAGGGCUACCAGGUGGGCCAGGUGGCCUGCGGGCUGAACCACACGCUGGUGGUUUCCUCCGACGGGAUGAUGGUCUGGGCCUUCGGAGACGGAGACUACGGGAAGCUGGGACUGGGAAAUUCCACGGCCAAGUCCUCCCCCCAGAAGGUGGACGUCCUGUGCGGCGUCAGCAUCAAGAAAGUCGCCUGUGGGACCCAGUUCUCCGUAGCGCUGACCAACGAGGGCAAGGUGUUCACCUUCGGACAAGACCGGCUGAUCGGGCUGCCCGAAGGCCGGGCCCGGAACCACAACCGGCCCCAGCAGGUUCCAGCCCUGGCGGGGAUCCACAUCACCGACGUGGCCGUGGGGGCCGAGCACACGCUGGCGCUGUCGUCCUGCGGAGACGUGUACGCCUGGGGGAGCAACUCCGAGGGACAGCUGGGUCUGGGCCACUCCAACCACGUCCGGGAGCCGACGCUGGUUCCGGUUCUUCAGGGCCGGAACAUCCACCAGAUCUCAGCGGGCCGAUGCCACAGCGCGGCCUGGACGGCCCCCAGCGCCCCCCCCCGGGCCCCAGGCUCGGCCGUCCCCCUCCAGCUGGGUCUGCCGGCGUCCGUCCCCCCCCAGUACGGAGGACUGAGGGACGUCAGCAUGGAGACGGUUCGGGGGAGACUCCGUCUCCUUUACCACUUCUCUGACCUGAUGUACCUGACGUGGAGACUCCUGGACCUGAGUCCCAAUACCCAGAGCUGCACUUCCCGCUACAACGCCGGGACCUGGGGGCUGGUCCAGGGCCAGCUCAGGCCCCUGCUGGCCCCCCGGGUCUACACCCUCCCCAUGGUCCGCUCCAUCGGCAAGACCAUGGUCCAGGGCAAGAACUACGGCCCCCAGAUCACUGUGAAGAGGAUCUCCACCCGCGGGAGGAAGUGCAAGCCGAUCUUCGUGCAGAUCGCCCGGCAGGUGGUGAAGCUGAACGCCUCGGACCUGCGGCUGCCGUCCCGCGCCUGGAAGGUGAAGCUGGUGGGCGAGGGGGCGGACGACGCUGGGGGCGUGUUCGACGACACCAUCACCGAGAUGUGCCAGGAACUGGAGUCGGGAAUCGUGGACCUGCUCAUCCCGUCCCCCAACGCCACGGCGGAGGUCGGAUACAACCGAGACAGGUUCCUGUUCAACCCGUCCUCCUGCCUGGACGAGCACCUGCUGCAGUUCAAGUUCCUGGGGAUCCUGAUGGGCGUGGCCGUCCGCACCAAGAAGCCCCUGGACCUGCACCUGGCGCCGCUAGUGUGGAAGCAGCUGUGCUGCGUCCCCCUGGUCCUGGAGGACCUGGAGGAGGUGGACCUGCUGUACGUGCAGACGCUCCGCAGCAUCUGGAGCAUCCAGGACAGCGGCAUCACCGAGGACAACUUCCACGAGAUGAUUCCCCUGGACUCGUUCGUGGGCCAGAGCACCGACGGGAAGAUGGUUCCCAUCAUCCCCGGUGGCAACAGCAUCCCGCUGACCUUCUCCAACAGGAAGGAGUACGUGGAGCGAGCCAUCGAGUACCGGCUGCACGAGAUCGACCGCCAGGUGGCGGCGGUGCGCGAGGGCAUGUCGUGGAUCGUGCCGGUGCCGCUGCUGUCGUUGCUAACGGCGCGGCAGCUGGAACAGAGCGUGUGCGGGAUGCCGGAGAUCUGCGUGGAGGUUCUGAAGAAGGUGGUCCGGUACCGCGAGGUGGACGAGCAGCACAGCCUGGUGUCCUGGUUCUGGCAGACCCUGGACCAGUUCUCCAACGAGGAGCGGGUCCUCUUUAUGCGCUUCGUCUCCGGACGCUCCCGCCUGCCGGCCAACACCGCCGACAUCUCGCAGAGGUUCCAGAUCAUGAAGGUGGACCGGCCCCUGGACAGCCUGCCCACCUCCCAGACCUGCUUCUUCCAGCUGCGUCUCCCCCCGUACUCCAGCCAGGCCGUGAUGGCCGAGCGGCUCCGCUACGCCGUCAACAACUGCCGCUCCAUUGACAUGGACAACUACAUGCUGUCCCGCAACGUGGACACGGCCGAAGGCUCGGACACGGACUACUGACCCCCCACCGGGGCUACCGGGGCCCCCCCGGGGCCGAGCGGCUCCGCUACGCCGUCAACAGCUGCCGCUCCAUCGACAUGGACAUGCAGUCCCGCAACGUGGACACGGACCCCCGCCCCCACCCGGGGGACCUCGGGGUCCCCCAGGGCCAGGGGGGCCCAGCCGGGGCCAACGGGGCCGAGGCCCCCCCCUGGCGCCCCCACGGACACUUUUAUGUUAUUUUACGUCUUUGAGACACAAAUCCUGGUUUCUGUUUGUGGUUUGUUAGUUUUUAACCACAGAGAGUCCAGAGAGAUUCAGUUGCUGCACCUUCAGGUUCCUGCAUGGGGGGUUUA